AUGAGCUGCAAAGGGCUGUUUACCACUCCUCUCAUUUUCACUUCAUUCACAGUCUGUCUAGAAUUCACCACUGUCAUGGAGACCUCUGUGUCCAAACACUGUCUUUUGAGGAGAACAUCUGGAGAAUCCAGGGAGAAGAAAACAAUGAUGUUCAAAGAGUUCACCAAAGGUUUCUCUCACCUUGCACUGAGAACGUCUCUCCGACAGAGACUUGGAAGAUGCAACGCUGAAACCUGCAACAGACAACUGAAUCUUACAAGGAGCCUGGCGGUGUCAGAUGGAGAGCUGAAUGUGAUGCCAGAGGAGCGUGGUGCCAGCGCCGGCCUCUGUUCCAGCAGUAACUCCAGUCUUCCAACUGUGCCUGGUGACGGAGCCAGUGGGGUAGGGAAGGUGGCCAGCUGGGCUGUGAGCUUUGAGAGGCUCCUGCAGGACCCAACAGGAGUCCUUUACUUCACGGCUUUCCUGAAGUCGGAAGUCAGUGCCGAGAACAUCUUAUUUUGGCAGGCAUGUGAAAAAUUCAGACAGAUCCCAGUCAACCAGAAAGAGAAGUUAAACCAGGAGGCUAGAUCAAUCUACAACAGUUACCUCUCAAACAAUGCCUCCCAUCCCGUCAACAUUGAUGACACAGUCCGCAUCGAGGAGAAGGAUGUGAAUAAUCCUCACCCUGACAUGUAUCACAAGCCCCAACAACAGAUAUUCAAGCUGAUGAAGUUUGACAGCUACACGCGAUUUGUUCGCUCUCAACUCUACCAGAACUGUAUGCUGGCCAAUGUGGAGGGCAGGCCUCUACCUGAUCUGGACCCUCGUGCCAGGAUCUUAGCGACAAGGAAGACUCCUGGGACUGAUAGCUCCUCUCUCACCGACAGGCCCAAGGUGGACCAGAAACCCAAAGAGAAACCAAAGAUCAAGUCAGGAAAGUCUUUACCAUUGGAUCUUGACGAGGGAGCAGAGAAGAGGAAAGGAGUUCUACAGAACAAGCUGACCAGGGAGAAACGACGGGAAAAGAGGGGUUCGUGGGGAGCGGAGCUUCCUGAAAAUGCUGCACUCUUCCAGAGCAUGGCUAAGCAGGCAUCUCUCUCCAAUUCAGUAGAGGAAAGGGAGCGUUCGCGAACAGGCCAGGCUGAGAAGUACUGUUGUGUGUUCCUGCCAGAUGGUACUGCCUCCCUAGCUCCAGCCCGGCCUGGCCUUACCAUCCGCAGUAUGCUCACUGGGCUCUGUGAGAAAAGAGGCCUUCCCCUCUCAGAAGUCAUCAUCUAUAUGCAAGGCAAGGACAAGAAGCCCCUCUCUCUGGAUCAAGACAGCUCUGUUCUGAAGGAGCAGCAGGUCUUCCUGGACCUGAAGGUGACUUUUACGGUAGAGAUACGUUCUACAGGGAAGACAGAGGCUAUUGUGGUGAAUUCCAGCAAAUCUCUACAGGAAGCACUGACCCCAGUCCUCGAGAAGCACCGUCUACGACCGCAGGACGUCAUUGUUGCCAUAAGUGGUAGCCAAGAGUCUCUAAGCAUGAGCAUGGCUGUGAUUUCCUUGUCCAACAAAAAGCUAACACUGGACAAAGUCAAAGGUACUGAGCAAAGCAAGUGUGACAGCUCCUCAGCUCCUGUGUCUCAUUUGAGAAGAUCAGCUAUUGUAGAGGUGGACACUAGUUCCCUCUUCGUUGCUGACAACGUCUACACCAAUGCCAGGCUGAGAAACCCUGCUCUUAGAAGAACCUAUGACAUGGAUGGUCUGAUGGAGCUUCUGACCAGAACCCAGAAAUGCAGUGUGGAUGACCAGAGAGGCCUUCUGAAGAAGGACCAGCUGUGGCUCCCUCAGUUCCUACAGCUGCCUCUGGAGGAGGAACAAGAGGAGGACCAGGAGACAGGGAAAGAGAAGAGAGAUGAAGGACUACUGGGGAAGCAGGGUCAAGAUGCAAUCAGGCUCACUGAGACAGAGCCGGAACCAUCUCCUGUCGUUUGUCAUUCCUACCCAGAAUGCCCUAUGCUUCCCAUGUGGACUCCAGUGCUGUUCUCAGACAGUGGACAGGGCGGUCGGGAGCAGACCAGACCACCCUCCUCAGACAGACAGCUGUCAGACCCCGACCCUGGCCGUGAGACUGUGGUAUGACUGAGAAUGAAUGAGUUAGGGAUUAUCUUGGGUACCAGUCCAAAAAUGUCAGCUGGGUACCCAGAAUGUUAGGGCUGUUUUGACCUAAUUUUAAAAUGACCAUUGACCUUAUUUAUUCAGCUGACUUACAGUGCAGUGCCUUCUGUUGACUCGUGUUGUUUACCUGAUGGUUGAUGAGGAAGUAAUAUUUCUCUUUUUGUGAGUUCCUAAAUUUAAGAUUCUGGUGUGAGAGUGCCACGGUCCUGAUUAAUUGAGGAAUUUAUGAAUGCUCAGUGGUGUGAACAGGGCUAAACAUCACCUAAAAAGUAUUUAAAUUGUCACCAGUCUCACUGUUUCAGUCACUAAACCGUUUUAUAAGACAAAAACACUUUAACACGCUUUGCUAGGCCUAUUAAGAUGUUCAGAGAAGUGUCCUCUCUUUUGUGUCUAAAAGUAGCUAGCAAGCUAGCCAUCUUGAGCCAGUUAGCUCCAGUGCUCAAGUGCUGUUAUUCUCCCACAGAGCGUCCAUGGUGCUCUCUGAACGUGCAAACGCUCUGAAUUCACCAAUGCCCAGAACUCACUCUGGGACUCUUGAGACAGGGAUUCCCAACCUGUCCUGUUACAGGGACAAAUAAUUAUCCAUCAAAAGUUUUGGUGGACCACCAUUUGUGGAGUGGUAGAAUGAUUUUAUAGACACAUGUCCUGAUGUUCUGUGAAAACAGUAGAAACAGACCAACUAUAGUGCAUUGUCAAAAUGCAUUGAAACUGCUUAUGACAACGCCAUUAAUACUGUAACCUUUUAUUCUUGGGGGGAGGGUGGGGUCUAUGAAGAAAACUAAACAGACUACCGGCAGUAACUCAGUGAACCACAAGUUGAAAACCACUUGAGAAAAUUAACAGUCUGAUGACCUUUUAAAUGUGUUUAGAUGCACGAUUGUUAACUUAUAGUAUCUUUGUGUUUUGUGCUGUUGCACUGCAGUUUGUUUUGCCUGACAAGGAAUAAAUGGAUGUGUUGAAACCCACAUUUCCUCUCUUUCA